CGCUCUACAGAGGAUGUUUGUGCUAGAAGCAGCCGGACCCCCUCCCUUUCCUUAGUGGCUGAGUAUGUCUGCCGAAGACGGCGGGGUGCUGGCACUGGAGAAGGCUGAGAGCCUGGCAAGAGGGGCAGCCCUGAAAUGGGCUUCUGGUAUAUUCUGUCGUCCUGACCAGCUGGCACACCUUGGCCAUUACCGGAGACGGGAGACACAGCGCAAUAACUCCAUACAGUCUCGGCUAAAGUCUGUACUGCAGUCGUAUCUUGAAGGGGUGGAACAUGGCUUAUCGCAGCUGCGAAUGGCGUACACGGAGGUCCGUCAUGUACAGCAGGCUCUCAGCAAAGCACAAGACAUCUGGAGGACAGGUGAAGGCCCACGCAGCCGCUUACAGCCCAUUCACCAGCUAGUGAUGGAGCAUGUCCAGCUUUCCGUGGUUAUACAGAGUCUCCCAUAUAUUUAUACAGUGCCUACGCUGAUUGAUCAAACUCGAGAUCUUAUUGAUCACCAUCAUCUUCUGAAGGCUCAUGUCAACCUAAGGGAUCUUGAAAACCUUAGAGAUGAUGUACUGUACAGAUUACAAAGGGUCAGCCCAUUUGUAGAUUCUAGUCACUGUGUACAACAUAGCGCAGAAGCAGCAGAUUUAGUGCAACAGUUUUUUGCUGGGGUUCAGGAUCUGAGUGAGGAGUUGGGUCGCACUCUGUUUUCACUGGCAAGUUCAGCACUGAGUGUGGCAAGCUCUGACCCUGCUGUCUUGGUCUCCGCCAUCCGUAUCAUUGAGCGAGAAGAGUUUCUGGAUGCAGAAGAGACCAGAGGUCCACCACAACAGCUGUGGAAGCCAAUGGGUCGCCCCAAACGCUGGAGAGAGCAGUUCUUCCAAGCCUUGGAGAAGGGGGUCUGUGAGAGACUGAUGGGCUCUGAACUAAUGUGCGACAAUUUAAAUGCAAAAGAUCUGGCAAUACAUUUGAAGGAACUUCAGGACAGAGUAGUGGCAGAGCUUCAGUCUGUGUUCUCUGUUCUGGCACCCUGUGUCCCUCCACACUAUGACCUCUGUCGGGCCGUAGCCUUAAUGUGCCACCAUGCUACCUCUCAUCACCUUCAUGAUAUCCUAAGCCAGGACCUUCCUCAUAGCACCAUGUACUGUGUCCUCCACUGGAUAAUGAUAAUCUAUCCCAGUGAGGACAUGAUGGGACAUCCUGACCUGUCAUCGGAGAUUGACAUUCCUGGGCUGGGACCCCUCAUGCCCCCUGAAAUGAUGGAGGAGCAGCUAAAUCGUUACACGCGCAGUGUGCGGGCUUGUCUGAGUCAGUGGAUACACAAAGCGCUGGAAGUGGAAUAUUCGGACUGGCUGAGGGAUCAGGAGCCGGACACAGACCAGGAUGGGUGUUAUAUGUCCAGUCUGCAGCAGAUGGUCAUGCAGAUGCUGCUGGAGAAUGUGCAGUUAGCGUCGUCGCUGGGGGAGAGCCUAGAGAAUCGUGUCAGGAACGCCUCGCUGUAUGAAAUGGAGAACUGUCUGGUCUGGUUACGCGAGGCGCUGGUGAGAUAUGGAAUAGAGCAUAUGAAGGACCGGACGUAUCCCACAUAUUAUAUGCACUACCUGCUCGCUGUGGUAAAUGGCUGCUCGGCUCUAAGCUCCUCUAUCUCCUACCUGCAGCCAGAGGAACCAAGCAGUCCCCUCUUCAGGAAAGCAGUGCCCUGUCUGCCAACAUCACUGAACAAGGCCCAAAAGAAAGCAUCUCAUCUACUCCUGGAUGAGCUACAGACAGAGAUCCAGCCUCUGUUCCGUGAGAUCCCAUCCCGGCCAUGGCUGGCCAGUUCAGAUACUGUGCGCGUAAUCUGUGAGAAGAUGGAAAACUUCAACCAAUACCUGUCCAAGGCCAGAGCUCCCGUAUUUCAGUACCUCCUUGCACAGACUGAGCGGAUGAUUGCCAUUGAGUAUGCCAAGGCUCUCAUGCACAGUAAGCUGGUAUGUCGGAGCUGUGGGGAGAGACAGCAGCUGGCCGAGAGGAUGUCUAUGGAUGCUGAACAGCUGGGAUCUUCUCUCCAUAGAAUGGGGCUGGAGGGUGCUACUGUCUGUGUCCCCCUCAUCCUCUCCCUCCAGAAACUGUUUGCACUGAAAGAUGCGGCGCUGCUCAGCCUGGAAGUGUCUGAAUUAGUAACAGCAUAUCCGGAUAUCAGUGAUGAGCACGUGUUGGCGUUGCUGGAGCUGAGGGGCGAUGUGAAUCGUGAUCUGCGGCACACUGUACUGAGCGUGAUGCAGUCUCAGGCUCUCGCCCUUCCUGAGGACUAUCGCCCCAUUUUUAUUAACAUCUCUGUCCCGGCUCCUGCACACCCAUUCUGCCUUCAUCCAAGCUCCUGUGCUUGAGCUCAGACAACCAAGAUAUUCAGCAAUAAAAUACUAUAUAUGUAU